AUGGUCGUCCGUCUUCGCCUCGCCCGCUUCGGCGCUCGUAAUCGACCUCUCUACAAUAUCGUCGUCUCUCAGGCUCGUACAGCACGAAACUCAAAGCCAAUGGAAGUCAUUGGCACCUACGAUCCGAUCCCUAAACCCGCACCUGACGGUGAAGGAAAGCCGUUCAAGGAUAUUCAAUUGGAUGUUACAAGGGCGAAGUACUGGCUCGGUGUCGGGGCACAACCUAGUGAUCCGGUUUGGAGGUUGUUUGCUAUGUUCGGAUUGAUUGAGCCACAGUGGAAGAUUGUGAGGAUACCGGCACAGCAGGAGGAUAGAGCAUUGUACGAGAAGGUGCAGAAGGUCAAGAUAAUACCAGAUGGAGGACCAAAGACGACAUCUACCCCGAAGCCGACACCGACAUCAUAG